AAUUCGUUGAUGUAUUUGGCUGCCCUGAUGUAAAGAAAUACGAAAAAUUAGAAAACGAAAACAUCUGGCAAAUACAGCAAUGGACAGAAGAGUACAGUUACUGGAUGAAAGGACUACCUUUUGCAAUCCAGUGUUUGUCAAUAUUAGCUGGAUUAGCCAUUCUUGUUGUUGUAGCAAAACUGAAAAAAAAUAAAGUCAUGAAAGUCAGCAUUUGGAUUUUGCUCGAAUUUUCAGUUGUCGGAGCUUUGUUAAUACACGUUUCGGUUAUAUUAGACUAUUUUGAAGCGACCCCAAUCAUUUGCUUAAUGAUUCCUUGGUGCCGAGAAAUUGGAUUUGUACUACUGUAUGGUUCUUUAAUUCUCAAAAUUCAACGAACUUUAACAGAAUUUCAAUCAAGAAAAGCUCACAGAGUACAAUGGCCAGAUAAGGACUUGAUACGUUGCCUAAUAAUCAUGGCUACAAUUUUAGCUCUACACAUGGCCGCAUGGACCGCUUCAGUAUGUGAUAACUUGUCAUUUGCACAACUAGCAGAAGAUAUCCGUAUAGACAUUAAAAAACCAUUUUCUUCCUUUUCUAUGUUAUGCAGAAAGUGCUAUUUUUCGAUAAAAGACAGAAUUUUGGAAGGAGGUGAGUUGGUAUUCUUAGGUUACUCGCUGUACAUGUGUUACAAAGUGAGGAAGGCACCGAACGAGUAUCAUGAAAAUAAAUUCAUCACAUUUUGCAUCUUAAACGAACUUCUUACAUCUGCUUUAUAUUACUCGAUAAGGUACUUCGCUGGUAGUACGUGGCUCCCCGAUCAAAUAUUUCUAGCCAGUUUCAUAAAGUGUCACCUAACAGUAACUUUGGCCAUCAUCCUUGUAGUCUGCUCAAAAUUGUGGUACAGUUGUUGGCCUCCUUCGGCCGAAUACAGAACAAGAAGCUGCUCAUCUGCCCCUUCUGUUGAUUCGAGGUCAGUUCAAUUUCUCAAUCCAUCAUCACCUCCUCCCUCUUCACCACCAGUCCAGUUCGAACCAACUAAAUCAGAUUCAAACAAUUUGGACGAAACUGACAUCAGUCAGAUGACUUCAGAAGAUAUAAGGUACGAACUUCGAAAAUUGUACACACAACUUCAAAUUUACAAAACAAAAACAAUGCGACUUGAUAACCCCCAUAUUUCAAGAAGACGUGGUGGUAAAAAACAACCAAAUCGAAAGUUCAGUUUUCAAAACCUGCACGCCAAAUACAGACAGCAGAGUUCGGUAACGUCAACAAACGCUGCAGCGACAACACCGAGUGGUAGUGUUGGAGGGGGAACGUCGAUGGCAGGCGACCACUGCGAAAACUCAACAGUGACUGGUGGGGGAGAAAUUGACUUGUCCGUUCGAUCGCCAGAAGAUUCGUCCAACAGCAUGGAAGGUGUGUCCGUCUACAUGGACGAGAAUAGUUACGCCAGUCCGGAAAUUAACACUUCCUCUGGAAAAGAUUGCUAUGCAGCUAAAAAACAGCAGAACGCUUUUAAAUCUAUAUUGACGGCCGCGCGAAAUAAAACGAAGCAUACAAAUUGAUUUCAAAUUAUUUUGUAUCUCUUUUACAAUUUGCAGUUCUUAUGUUUGUUUCGUUCAAUAUUUUAUCUAUAUUUUCUUCGUCCAACUUAAUUCUGAGUUUAACAAAAUAGACGUAGACAUUACAAAAACGUUCAAAAUUUACUAAUAACAUCAAUCAAUCAAUCAAUCAAUCAAUCAAUCAAUCAAUCAAUCAAUCAAUCAAUCAAUCAAUCAAUCAAUCAAUCAAUCAAUCAAUCAAUUAGCUUAUAAAGCGCUAUCUCCGCGAUCAAGGCCCAAAUUUAUUUUUAUUGAAAUAUUUAGCAAUUAGAUUUUCUAUAAAGAAUUGAUAGCUAACGC